UUAUCGUUUCGGUUAACUCUUUAACAGCAAGUAAUGCUUUAUCCCAAGUAAAAUAUUCAGUGGCCAUUACAAUGGCCUCAAACAUGCUUCAACUGUCACUCCCACAAGGUGGUUCCUCUUCAUCAUCACUACCAUUGUUACCCUCCUCCAUUUAUGUCUCACCCUUCACUCAUCAACGCCGCCAUUUUUCUCUCUUUAAUGUUCAAAAAUUUCGGUUUCGGUUAAGCAGAAGCACUUCUUUGGGACCUCUUUUUGUGAAUAAAGAAGAAGACAGUGCAACUUAUACUGUCACAGAAGAAGAAGAUGAUGAUGAUGAUGAUGAUGCUGACCCAGAUCCUCAAUCCCUUGAAUACGUUUCUCAAAUUAAAAGAGUUUUGGAGCUUCUCAAGAGGAAUCGGGAUAUGCUCUUCGGUGAGGUUAAGUUGACUAUAAUGAUUGAAGACCCCAGGGACGUUGAGAGGAGGCGGCUGCUUGGCAUUGACGAUGAAAAUGCUCCAACAAGGGAUGACUUAGCUGCUGCUUUAGAAGAAAUUAAUGAAGGAAAAGUACCAAAAGAUUUUGCUGCUCUGCAGAUGCUGGCAGAAGAGAUGAAUUCAUGGCCUAAUUUGGAGGUUGAAGCUACAAAGCAAAAUAAGCCUGGCAGAUCCCUGUAUGCAAAAGCCACAGACACUGGUAUCGAUCCAAAAGAGGCUGCUAAGCGGCUCAAGAUUGACUGGGAUUCAGCAGCUGAGAUUGACGAGUCAGCUGAGAGUGAUGAGCCGGAUGUUCCUCCAGCUUUGGGAUAUGGAGCGUUAUACUUGGUCUCUGCAUUUCCAAUCAUCAUUGGCAUCUCUGUUGUGUUGAUUCUCUUCUAUAAUUCUCUACAGUGAUAUAGCUUUUGGCAUUUUUGCAGGGUCAGUAAGUUGUGUCAAUGUACACGAUUCGUCCUACAAUAGUGGAACAUGUAUAUUGCCACGGAAAAUAGAUACGUAUGUCUGUUUUUAUAGAGCUAAUUGAUUGAGUAAAUUUUCCACUCUCCAGACUCCAAUUUAUUCUGCUUUUUCUUAGUGUAUCUGUAUUUAGCUAUGUAAGUGAAUCAGUUAGAUUAUAAUCUUUCAUAUGCAACUGUAUCUCUUCUCGUCUCUUCUAGUGUUUGGAAUGGUUACAUUUGACCACUCUAAAUAUUUUAGUUAGUUGUAUAA